AUGGCCCGUAAAGUGCGUAAUGGCAUCCUCUACGUCCUCGGAGCCGUCAUCAUCUGCGCCACCCUCUACCACCUCUUCCUCUAUGACGGUGCCACCAUCUCCGCUGUCAGCUACCACGUCAACCCCUCCCCUACCAUCCAAUCCAAUUCCUUUUCCACCUCCGCUGCCAUUAACGCCAUCCACGAAAACCUUACUGCAAGCAUUCCACCACACGUUGGCCCUCUCGUAACUCCAUCCCUAGUAGCAUCCCGCUCAGUCUCCACCACAUCAAUUCUUUUACCAGGCUGGGAGGUCCUGGUCAUCGUCUCGCCAGAGGACACCAAGUUGCUGGAGUCAGAUUCCGAUGAGUACGAGUGUUUGUUCAACACUAAUGAAGUGUCUCCGGCGAAAUCCGCCGGUUUCCUGCCGUUUCCUAAUCGGGCAACCUUUAAAUGUGUUCUGCCCGUGAGAAUUCGACAAAGACGGCCUUUCAAGCAACCGAUAUUGAAAAAAUUAUUAGCGAAUCAGCCGGAGAAGAAUUAUCCGCCGUUGCUGUUGCUGUGGACCUUCAUAGUGUAUGAUUCUCUAACCACCGAAAACGACGUCAUCCUGUUCGUUAAGGGUGUGAAUAAUCGGCAAGGUACUAAUCGUGACCCGAAAGAAUUCCGCUGUGUUUUCGGCAAUGGCGUCAUCAACGGAGUUAAGACUCCCGUGACAGCCUCCAUGCAAGAGGUGUUCCGCUGUCAACGACCAGAACCAACUGCCGUCUCUGCCGUUGGCCAGCAAAUCGAUGUCUCCAUAGAAAUUAUUGCAGAAAAUCGUGUGGUACCCUCAGUUGCUUACUAUACCCCACCGCGCAGUUUAGAAAAGGGACCCCAAAAAUCUCUACUUUGCGCCUGCACCAUGGUGUACAACAUGGCAAAGUUUUUGAAAGAGUGGGUUAUGUACCAUUCCAAAAUUGGGGUUGAAAAAUUCUUGCUAUACGACAAUGGAAGCGAUGACAAUUUAACAAAAGUUGUUGAGGAGCUUGUUAAAGAGGGUUUUGAUGUUAAGACUUAUUUCUGGUUUUGGCCUAAAACUCAAGAGGCUGGUUUUUCACACAGUUCUGUAUAUGCUAAGAAUGCUUGUACAUGGAUGAUUUUCAUUGAUGUUGAUGAAUUUGUGUACUCUCCAUCUUGGCACCGUUCGCCACGACCAUCAAAGUCCAUGUUGCAGUCGUUAAUCUCGCCUGAGAAAGUCUCGACCAAGUUGAAAUUAGGACAAUACAGUAUCAAUUGUCACGAAUUUGGCCCUUCGAAUCAAAGGACACAUCCAGUAAUGGGGGUGACACAAGGGUACAAUUGUAGGAGAAAGUAUGAGAAUCGACAUAAAUCGGUUACAUUAUUGAGUGCAGUUGAUGAUUCGUUGAUCAAUGCGAUACACCAUUUUGGUUUGAGGCCGGGAUACAAAACAAGAAAGCUGAGGACAAAGGACAUGGUUGUGAAUCACUACAAGUAUCAAGCUUGGCCCGAGUUUAAGGUCAAGUUUAGGAGGCGUGUGUCCGCUUAUGUUUUGGAUUGGACGAAAAAGGUAAAUCCUAAGUCCAAAGACCGGACCCCCGGAUUAGGGUUCUCGCCAACCGAACCCAAUGGAUGGCAUCAGAAGUUUUGUGAGGUGCACGAUGAUGAAUUGAAAGAGUUGACACGAAAAUGGUUCGGCAAUAAAUCGCGAUUAGGAUUUCAAAUGCCAUGGCAGAUGACUACGACUAACAAUGGUUUCCAUAAGCCCUAA